CGACCCCGACCCCGACCCCGCCAAAUCACAGCGAGUCACCCUCACGGCCUCACCCACCACCACGACACCGGCGGCGGCGGCGGCGACCCAGGCGAGAAUACGAACCGCGAUGGCGACGGCGCUCAACCGCGGCCUCCGCUCCGGGAUCCGCCUCCUCGCCGCCGGCGCCGAGGCGUCCAAGCCAGCUUCUCGUGGAUUCCAUGCCACUGGUGUGAAGAGGAUGGGAGGCCAUGGCCAUGAUGAGCCAUACUACCUCCAUGCCAAGCACAUGUACAACUUGCACAGGAUGAAGCACCAGGGGUUGAAGGCAACUCUUUCCGUGCUGGGAGCAGUUAGCAUCGGCGUUGGAGUCCCUGUAUAUGCAGUCAUUUUCCAGCAGAAGAAGACCUUCUCAGCAUGAGCCUUCAUGCUCUCAAGGCCUACAUAUUGGAUACUAGUUUUCAACAGCAUUUUGUGAAGUUAAAGAAUGGACUUCGCUUUUCCUUGGUUGUUUUUUUACCCCAUUUGCUUACAAGAAGUUGUAAACUCAUUUCUUGCCGUUUAAUGUAGGACGCAACUUUCUGUUAAUAAUAUCGUGGCUUGAACUCUCCAGGCUGUGGAGAAACCUUGCAGUGA